GUUGACCCAUGCCCACCGCUAUCUCUGGGCAUUGUGGAUACGGAUCGCAUAAUUUCCGGGCCUUUGGUAUGGCUCUGGUGAGUGCAGGUCUAGUCUUGAUUGGAGCCAGUAGCUGAUUUAGCACUUCCAUUGGUGCUACAUCGCUUACUCCCCCGUGAGGUCCACGUGCCAGCGCCCUGCUUCUUAAGAAUGCUCUCUUAAGGAUAGGGAUUCUCGCACCUGUAUCCCCUGUAUAAAGACGCUCUGCAUUUUCCUCCAUUGUCAAGUUAUUUGCAAUGCCUGUCUCCGUGGUACCAUACUCUGAAGUCGAUGUCCUCAUUAUUGGGGCUGGCCCCGCUGGGCUCAUGUGUGCGAACGCUCUGGCAAAUGCGAGAGUAAAUGUUCGGAUCGUUGAUAAAAGGGCUGCUAAAAUUGCCGCUGGUCAGGCUGAUGGGAUUUCACCUCGUACCAUUGAAGUUUUCCAGAGCUAUGGCAUUGGAGAGCGCCUUCUAAAGGAGUCUGCUCAAGUCCAUCAAGCAGCCUUCUAUAACCCUUCCGCGUCCGGAGGUAUCGAGCUUACCAGCCGAGCACCAGAUGUGACAGCUCCAUCUGCAAGAUACCCAUUCGAGGUUGCACUUCAUCAAGGAGGUAUUGAAGCCAUUUUCCUAGAUUCCAUGAGCGCGCUCGGCGUUGAGGUGGAGCGGUCAACGAUACCAACUUCGCUAUAUAUCUCCAAGGAUGAAAAUGAGCUGGCAGAUCCUGCAUCGCAUCCUGUCCGCGUUGCGCUCCAAAGACUAGACGUUCCUGAGGGUCAACCACAAGAAGAGAUUGUACAUGCUAAAUUUGUUGUUGGGGCUGAUGGCGCUCACUCAUGGGUCCGCAAACAAUUAGAUAUUGCGAUGGAGGGAGAACAAUCUGAAUUCAUCUGGGGUGUCUUGGACAUGGUGCCUGACACCAACUUCCCGGAUGUUAGGAAUAAGAGCCUUGUGCAUUCCAACCAUGGCUCAGCUCUUCUCGUACCUCGAGAACAAGAUCGUCUUCGCAUAUAUAUGCAACUGGAGGACAAAGAUGUCAUCGAUCCAGCGACAGGUAGAGUAGAUAAGGAGAGAAUAGGUCCAGAGGAGCUGCUCAGAGUUGCACGAAGAUCGCUUUACCCUUACAGUCUUAACCCGACGACUGGGAUUUUGUGGUGGACACUAUAUAUCAUCGGGCAACGAGUGGCCUCAAGAUUUUCUGUCGAAAAUCGAGUACUUAUCGCCGGCGAUGCUUGCCACACACACUCUCCCAAAGCAGGGCAAGGAAUGAAUGCAAGUAUGAACGAUGCCCACAAUCUAGCUUGGAAAAUUGCCCUAGUGGUUCGUGGUUGGGCAGAUUCGUCCCUUUUGUCAACAUACGAAUCAGAGCGCCGUAAAUACGCAUUGGACCUGAUCGCAUUUGAUAAAAUGUUUUCCACGCUUUUUUCUGGGAAGCCUUUGACCGAGGAGAACAGCGAUGGGGUUGCCCCAGAACAUUUCAUGAAGACAUUCCAAAAGUUCGGAGGCUUCACCAGUGGCAUUGGGGUACAUUAUGACCCAUCGGUUGCAGUACUUGACAGAAAUCAAGAGCUGGCUAGUGGUCUAGUGAUUGGCGAACGUUUCCCACCAUACAAAUUCAUCCGCGCAGCAGACGCAUGGCCCUUUGAGAUCCAGGACCUUCUUCCCUCGGACUUCCGCUUCAAACUGCUCGUCUUUACUGGUGACUACAGUGACCCACGUCAACAAGCGAGUGUCAAGUCAAUGGUUGCUAACUUGCAGACACCCGAGAGCUUCCUAAACCGUUACACAACACCUGGCAAGAGCUCUGAAAACUCACGGUUUGACAUCAUCACAAUCAGCAAAGGCCGGAAGGAUGGAUUUGAUUUCUUGCAGUUCCCAACACUUCUUCGCUCUCAUUGGUCGAAGGUGUUUGUCGAUGACAUCGAUAUGUCCGGUAGCUUUGGGGGGACAGGUUACUCGUAUUAUGGUAUAGGUCCUGAGGGCGCAGUGGUUGCUGUUCGCCCUGAUGGCUAUGUUGGAGCCAUCGCGCCCCUGGAUCACGUCGAAGAGCUCGACGCGUAUUUCGCCUCUUUCAUGAAGAUUUCCGCUUAGUUUUCACGACAAAUUUGUUUUAUAUAUUGCUUCAUGAUAACACCAUAUUCAUUCUUCACACAUCAAAGGUCUUGCUGUACUACCAUCUUGCUGUACUACUAUAGAGCCACCAUCG